GUAUCGAGGAUGGAAUUCCCUUCCGGAAGAUAGCGAAAAUUGUAAAUUUGUCUCUUCAGAAGUGAAGGCUAGGACGCUCAUAUGGUUGCAGAUACUCCUGUGUAGAUUGGCAAAGCAAUUACGGCUAUUUAAGGCAGCACUGGACCUCAACUAUGUCCCGACACGAAGCUGUCAGCUGUGAUUCCUGCUUAAAGGGUAACUUCAGGGGGCGCCGAUACAAGUGUCUUAUUUGCUAUGACUACGACCUGUGUGCAGUGUGCUAUGAGAACGGGGCCACUACCACUCGCCACACGGCGGAGCAUCCCAUGCAGUGCAUUUUAACACGGUCAGAUUUCGAUUUAUAUUAUGGAGGGGAAGCAGUCACAUUAGAACAGCCGCAAUCCUUCACUUGCCCAUAUUGCGGCAAGAUGGGCUUUACCGAGUCCACGCUACAGGAGCACGUCACGUCGGAGCACGCCGACUCCUCACUGGAAGUGGUAUGCCCUGUUUGUGCAGCAUCCAUAGGCGGGGAUCCUAACCAUGUAACUGAUGAUUUUGCCGCUCAUCUAACAUUGGAACACAGGUCACCUAGAGAUUUGGAUGAGACGGGCAACGUCAGACACCUUCGUAGAAUGUUCCACCCGGGCCGCGGCAUCGGCCAGCGGACGAGGCGGCCCAACAUGCACUUCAGCGGAAGCAGCGGGCUGUCAUCGGGACAGAGCUCCAGCUCACCAAGUAGUAGAGAGACCAUGGACCCAAUCGCUGAAUUACUAUCGCAGCUGUCCGGAACACGGCGUGUAGGCGGCCACUCAUCCACAGCGUCCCAGCUGCAGCAGCUACAGAUCAUGCAGCUGCAGCUAGAGAGGCAACAGCAACAACAGCAGCAGCAGCAGAGCCAGCAAGGCACAGCAAGGCAGCAGGUCGAAAGGUUAGCAGUACCACGACGACAAGCGACAGCUGCGGCAGCAGCAUCUGCGGCAGCCGCUGCCUCCAGUAACAGUAACCCCGGGCACGGCGCCUCACUUUCUUCACUAGUGGGAGCAGAAAGUGCAACCGCGGCCUCCGCGUCGCAAAAAGACUCGCAAUUUCUAUUAUCAAGAAUACAAGAGCCAGUGCUGUCGGAGACGGAGCAGCAACUGCUAGAGGUCGAGAACGCCGACCGGAGCUUCUUCCUCCAGGACCUCAUCCUCUCUACCCUGAACGAGGAGUACUUCUGGGAGGGAGAGUCGGAGCCUGAAGACGACGGCGAGCCUGUUGUACAGGGCGCCAUGGGGGGUACCAACGAAUUUGAACCGCCCGAAACGUUACUGCAGCUAGAGUCUUUGAAUUUAAGGGAGCGGGAGGGGCCGGCAUAGCAGAAACUCAGAAAAAAAAAACACAAGGGAGAGGGAUGCAAAAGUCACAGAUUACACUCAGUCUAGCAUAGCUUGUGUAUACCAACAAAUUUAUCGGUGUAAAUUAUAUAUAUAUAUUAAAAACACACACGUGAAAAAAAAACUGCUUAUCUAGUUCCAGAAUUUACCCAAAGUUGAACUGUUGCUCUCUGCAUAUGUUGUGCAGACGUAUUUCUUAAAUUUAGUGUUGCACAAAUUACCUUUUUUUGAAUAAUGUGUCCGUGUCGAUAAAAAUCCUGCAAAAGGAGACAGUCUGGCCUUGCACAAUGUGCAAUCUUUCUUUCUUUUUUCCCUUCUUUUUUUAAUUCUAAAUUUGAAAUAGACAUGUAACUGGUCCAUAGUGUGUCACUUGUUCGGCCUGGAAUUUGACGGCGACAAAAAAAAUAUCCCCCAAACCGUAGUUUUCUUCCCAAGGCAAACUUGGCCGGCCUUUCUUAAAUUUAGAUUGUCACUUAACGAUGAGCGAAUUAGUUCCUGCUGAAUGUAUAAGGGUGUCGUGUUGCUGAGUGUGGUCAGUUCCAUUUUCUGGAUGCAGAUGUUGACAAUGUGGGGGUGGGGACAGGAGAGGGGGAGACGCUGACACUCAAACUGUCAGAUGAACUCUUAAAAUUUGCCGUUUCUGCGGGAAAAAAAAACUCCUGCAAGACAUGUAUCAGGAAGCUAAGGUAACACUGUACAUGUAUUUGAGUCCUGAAGCACGUAUUUGAUGACUGAUGCUUACAGAUGUCAGCCUGUCAGUCUCAAUGCAGUUGUAGUAAUGCAGUUUGAUGCUUUUUUUCCUGAAAAUUCUGGCAAUGAUAAGAAUGGGACCUGCCUCGAAGACCAGAAGAAAUGGUGGAGUACUUAUUUGUACUCUGACUGGGACUCACAGCAAUGAAGUCAGUCGGUCAGUAAUCAGGCCAUUGCCCAAACUACUUAGCUGUGGUUUGAAGGGUACGGGAUGUGUAUGUAGUCAGAUGCCACAGCUGCUGUCCAGGAAUUCAGACAGGGGCUAAGUCUGGAGACUAGGCGCUGAUUUCAGUGAGCCAUCAAGCAAAAGCGAGUAUCACACAGAAUUUAUUAUGGAAACUGUUUCUUCCACUCAGUUUUACUUUCAUUUGCUCAACAGCUUUGUACAAAGUUGGACCUCGUGUGAACAAGCAACCCCAUCUCCUGAACUUUCUGAAAUCGUAUUGUGUGCUAGGUGCAUUGCCUGUAGACUGAUCCAUUAAGCCCCGCCCCAUGAUUUUCUGACCAAUCACAGCCGUGAUGCGUGUCUAAUUUGCAUGCAGAAAGGUGUGAUGAGCAUGUGUGCAUGACCUGGCAGCUUGAACCUGCAAAGUGGUAUCGGAAAGUACAUGUACAUGCAGUGUGUGUUCAUAGUCCACAAAAAGUGGGCGGGGCUUACUGGGUUGCUUGAUCACUGGUAGCUCACAGCUAUGCGUACUUGUAGAAUGUGUUACCCUAUCAUGCGCUUGUGGAUAUAUGAACAAAUCCGGCCCUGCAUUAGCGAUUUUUAGGACAGUGCUGCGGCCAGUUUCUGACUUGAUGAUAUUGAGUGCAUGGUUGGACCAGUCUACCACCGACUGGGCCACUCACUAGCGACUUCCCUAUCCGCCUUGAGCAGAAGCAACCCUCCCCCCUCCCUCCAUUUGUUGAAAAAAAAAAGCCAUGUUGUUGGGAAGUGUUCAUUUUGUUGAUAGUAACGCAAUUGUGCACUGGUUGCAUUUCAUAGUUUGUGAACCAGGAAUGUGCAGUUGCCACCAAAGGAGCCUCCGUUGCUGGAAAAUUGCGCCCUCUCUUGGUCCCGCUUGGGGCCCAUUGAAUGAAGCUGGGCGUGUGGGCCACCAAGGGUGGCCAGCGUGAAGUGCAAAUCUUAAAAAAAAAAAAGCUCUGCUGCCGUGAAUCGUGCACAGUGUCUUUAAGGUCAUGUAGCAAAUCUGGGAAUUGUGUCGUUGGUAACCAAUUUGCUGUAAACUAUAGAGGAAAAAACAGAUUUGUUACACUGAAGAUGAAAAAGUUGCUCUCCCAAACAACUGUAGUUCUCUAAGAAAAAUGUGAGGGAAACCAUUCUUUUCAGUGCAUUCUCUUUGAUGAAUUUGAGGAUAAAUGUAGGCGGAAGUCCAACCAAGAGAGUAUCAGUGAUGUAAACAUCUUUGAAAUAACUGGCCUGGAUAUUGUUUCACGUGAAUCUUUCUUUAGCAACAGGGUUUUUAUGCCUCGCUCCAGGCACUGUCACUCUCUAGAUUCCGCUGUUUCUUCAUUUUGUGACCUAAAGAGCCAUUUAAGAAUAUCAACAUUUUGUGGUUCCGCAUUACUCUGAGGUUAAAACACCCAAAAUGUUUCUAACAUAUAUAGUGCCUAAGCCUCGUCCAAUUGUCAGUUUGUUGUUUGGACAACAGUAAUGUAUUUACCAAACACGGUACUUGUCUAAAUAACGUUGUGGUGAUGUCAAACAUUUUUACAAGGCAAAAAAAAAAAAUCACUGUCAGAGUUGUCGUCAUCCUUUUUUUUUCAUCGUAAUUGUGGAAAGUGUUUAGCUUCAUCGCUUUCAGGAAGGACUUGUAAGUAGGAAUAUGGAAAAAACAACACUGCUUUGCUCGGGACAAAUUGAGAAUGUUACAUUUUUCUCUGUAUUAAGAGAAUGAAUGAGUUAAAAAAUGAAAUCCAGUACUGUUUCUGCAUUUACUGCACGUCAUUACAUUUGCCAACACCUCUAGCCUGUCGCUUAUUCCGUUAGAGUCCAAAUACCUUCGUCUGGAAAUGGAGAGUGUGGCUAACAUCUUACCAGUGUUUGUAUGCAUGUCGAAUUUGAGAUUAUGAAGUCACAUGCUUUUCAUCACUGUAUUUGAUUCUCCGAUCAUAAUGUGGUGAUAGUGGGUUCAGGCUGAGCGUCCAUGACCCUCAGGCAAGGGCUGUUAAUGAGUAUGGUUGAUAUCAGUUUGAAUGCUUAUAGUGCAUACUUGGAAAGGGCAUUGUUAGGAUCCUGCUAUUUUACCCAAGGAACCCCCAUAUAUUCGCCAAUGUCAGCAGCCAAAAAAGGGCUCCCAAAGGAAUUAAAGGAAUGUUUUAAGUCUCAGGAUCUGACGUGCAAGGUUAAUUUCACCAAGAAUGUUUCUUUUUUUUUUUUUUUAUUCCAACUUCACUCAAUUUCUGCUUGCCGUAUCUGUGAAUUCUUGUCAAAGUGAGAAGUCGACUUUGUUCUAACCUACACCAAAUGUUGAAACCUCUAACAAUUUUUCUUGAACCCGAGUCUGUUGAGCCAUGCCACAAGUGCACCCUACAUUGGUGUUUUAUCUAAAACUAGCUUUCAUGUUUCAGACCAGCUGAUAUGUACAACCUCAGUCACAAAUAAUGCUUUUGAUGAUCAAAUCGGCCUUGUUUUGCUCCCCCUUCUGAGGUUAUGCACAUACCUAAAAGUGUUGGUGGUUUUUUUAUGUCAUAUUCUGGGAAGAAAAGGUUAACUGAUGAAAUUUUAGGUAUCUUUCAUGUAGAAAAUGUUUUUCUACAACUUUGUUUUUUCAAAUUUGCCUUAUCGACCAGGAAAAGGUUGGUCACUAUUUAAUUAGUGAACAAAAGUCGCCACUUCUCACACAAGUUUGAACUGUGGUUCAGUUACUAGGGUAAAUGUAUUUUGAGACAAUCUUGAAAUUUGUCAGCAAUUUUGUUUUUUUAAGGCUCAUAUGUAAGAUGUUGAAAAAUAUACAAAUAAGCUGUUAACAGCUGCUUCCACA